AUGGCCAUACAGCCACCUAGUACCCCGGAUGCAGAAGAACGCUCUGGAACCUUUGCUGCUUACAAGUUCAAUGCCAUCCAAACGUUCUGGUGGUUUUGGGAAAUAGCCAGCCCAAGCACCGAGCAGGGCCUCUCUAUCCAAGAGACCAAUCGACACCCUCCCAAGACCACGGUUGCAAGGCGGCGGGCCUCAAUUACGGAGAGGUCGCUGGACAACGACGAAUACCUCGCCGAGAAAGUCGCAACCCACCGCAUCGAAGAAGUCGCACCUCCCGAAGAGACCGUCCUAUACCUUGCUUACGGCUCAAAUUUGGCCGCGAAAACCUUCUUGGGCCAGCGAGGCAUCAGGCCUUUAUCGCAGAUCAAUGUCGUCGUGCCGAGCUUACGGUUGACCUUUGACCUUCCCGGAUUACCGUACGCGGAGCCAUGCUUCGCAGGAACCCGACACCGUGCCCACACACCGAGUGAUAUACAGACAGAUGGGAACGGGAAUACCGAGCUAGUCGAUGCAGGUGUAUCGGAGAAAUCCACUCUUAUCUCGCACGAGAAGAACUCCAUCCCUCUUGUCGGCGUCGUAUAUGAGGUCACGGUUGCCGAUUAUGCCAAAAUCAUAGCUACAGAGGGCGGAGGACGCGGUUACCGGGACGUCGUUGUCGAUUGCUACCCCUUCCCGCAGUCAUACAGCCCCGCCGACCCAAUCCCCGAAUAUCCCGGAACGAAGCCCUGCAAGUCUCACACCCUCCUCUCCCCCGUCGACGACGCAAGCUCAAGACUCCCGGCCAUGGGGAAGCGUCCGCUUUCCUCGCCUUGGAAGCCUGUCCGACCCAACCCUGGCUAUGCCCAGCCCUCCGCUCGCUAUCUCAAUUUGAUCACGACCGGCGCGGCUGAACAUAACCUGCCCCUUGCGUAUCGAAAUCAUCUUGAGCAGAUCAAAACAUAUCAGAUCACCUCUGUCCGUCAGAAGAUUGGCAAAUUCGUUUUCCUCUUCUCGUGGGGCCCCGUGCUCUUGACGCUAAUGACAUUGUCCAGAGUGCUGGCCGGUCCUGAUGGCCGCAGCCCGCCGUGGCUAAUGAAAUUGGCGGAUCUGGUAUUCUUCGCUAUGUGGAGUGCUUAUGACAACAUCUUCGCGAGGGUUUUUGGCGAUGGGGAGAGGACAAUCCAAGAUGGGAAGUCAUCUCUUCAGUAG